AAUAUCAUCAAUAUUGUAAUAGUUGUGUUGCAUAUUAAUUGAUAAAGUAAAAAUUAAAAAUAUUAAAUUUCUUACAAUGGUGAAAACUAAACAAAGUGAUAAAACGGAAGAUGAAAGUUCGAACUAUUUGCCUUUGUUCAUGCAAAAGGAUUAUCACAAUCAAAAUAGUACCGAACAAGACGAUGAAGAAGUGUCUGACUUUCGACGCGCCCUUCCGCAGAUUAUAGCUGUUAACAUACAGAAUUUGCUGCAAUUCGGAUAUGGCAUGACGCAGGGGUUUCCCACAAUUGCAAUUCCCGCUAUACAAAGCAGCUUGGAUAGCAGUGCAAUUAAAUUAGACAAAGAAGCAAUUUCCUGGCUUAGUUCCAUAAACUUAAUUUGUAUGCCGCUUGGUUGUCUAUUCUCUGGCAUGUUUGCACAGUAUCUGGGCAAACGGCGAGCUAUGCAGUUAAUCAAUCUACCCAUGCUUGCUGCCUGGCUUCUCUUUCACUAUGCGUCCUGCACCGAGCACAUGUAUGUGGCUUUGUGUUUCGUUGGCAUUGGUGGAGGUUUGAUGGAAGCUGCGGUUAUAACAUAUGUGGCUGAAAUUACGGAUCCGAAGUACAGGGGAAUGUUCUCAGCCUUGGCAACCACUUGUGUUAGCUUGGGUGUAUUUACGGAGUUCCUGCUAGGAUCUCUUUUGAACUGGAGGACCGUGGCAAUUGUGAGCACAGUAAUUCCACUAUUUUCCAUGGCUAUGUUAUGCUUUGUGCCCGAGAGUCCAGUUUGGCUGAUCAGAGAGCGUCGGUUCUUUGAUGCUGUGAAGGCAUUACAAUGGCUACGUGGCUGGGUGCCAGAGCAGAAAGUUGAAGCGGAAUUCAAACAACUUUAUGAUGAAUUGAUCACCCAAAAAUCAGCUAGAAAAUCGAAUGACGUUCAAGAGUCUAGGCUCAUGCUGAAAAAGAAAUUGCAUAUGUGGCGCAAACGAAGUUUUAUAAUGCCAUUUCUGCUGGUCCUACUGACAUUUUUCAUCUGCCACUUUUCCGGAAAAACUCCAAUUCGAUCCUACGCUGUUCUCAUCUUUGCGACACUGAAGGCUCCCAUUGAUGAAAACAAUGCGACCAUAUUGUUAGGCAUCUCAGAACUCAUUGCCACCAUUCUAGGUGCACUAUUCAUUCAUUCGACGGGCAAAAGACCAUUGGUAUUCAUUAGUAUGCUGGGUACAGGUGUUUGCAUACUCGGCGUUGCGAUUUAUGCUCACUCAAUGAACAUACUCGAGAUGACUGUCAUUGGUGUGAAGAAUGAAGCUAUAAAUUCCUCAAUGAAUGUGCUGGAGAAGAAUAUGUCGCAACUUCUGAAUAGUUCGGCACUUUUGGAAGGAGAGGUUCUAAGAGCAGAGAUCGCAACCACAGAAAUAAAUGUUGUAUCUGAGAUAGCUCUCGGGUUCAGUUACCUGGAAUGGAUACCAUUAAUCCUUGUGCUUUUUGCCGCAUUCUUUGCAAAUCUGGGAAUUCGCAUGAUACCUUGGGUUUUGAUUGGUGAGGUAUUCCCAGCAGAUAUUCGUAGCAGCGCCUCGGGGUUUGCUGGCUGCAUGGGUUACCUUUUUGGAUUUAUGGCGAACAAGCUGUUUUUGGUGAUGAUCACUGCGAUGACGUUGCCGGUUACCUUCACCUUCUUUGCCAGUGUUUCCUUCAUUGGAAUAAUCAUUUUAUACUUUACACUUCCGGAGACAGAGGGACGCACUUUGGGAGAAAUUGAGGCACAUUUUUCCAAGAAGACUGACGCUAACCUCUUUCGAAAGAGAAAGAACGAAAAUGUCUCACAAGAUGAUUCUGAACUCAUAAAUAUUGUCCAAAUCAACUGAAAAAUCGAUUUGUCUAUUAUUAAUACUUUACUAAUGAAUCU